AUGACGACCUGGUUUGGUGGCCAGCCAUCGGCUCAUGUUCACUUCCACCUUCAUCCACAUCCACGCCCACGCUCACGCCUGUAUUGCCAUGCAGGCCUCGUCUCUGGAACCCGCAGACGGGAGCCGGCAGCCAAAGCUUGGCGCUGCACGCCCAUUCCAUCUGCGCCUGGACUCUUGGGUGCUUUAUUCACUGCUUCUGGCGUCUCUGAGGGCGCGGGAAGGGGGGGGGCCAACACCUCCGUGUCGAUGUCGCGUGUCAGGGAUCGACGGACCAUAUCUGGCUGCGACGAAAGGAUGGAAAGGGAUCUUGAUGGGGGAGAACAGACCUCAGGAGACAAGGGACACGGCUGGAUGGGAAAAGAGAUUGGAGACGAGGCCAAAGAUACGUCGGGUAAAGAGGCAACAUCCGAUGACAAACUACUGAAAGAGGACACAGGAAAUCCGGACGAAGAAAAACGAAAAACAGCUAAAGUCACAGCACAGACGACUGCCAGCCAGUGGAUGGCGGAUGACAAGAACAAAGCGUGCAAGGACGCACAGGCGUGA